AUGGAGAAGCAAAACAUCAGAUCGAUUGUUGAUGCCAUUGAUUUGUCAAGAAGAAUAGAAAUUGCAUAUAUCAAUAGAGAUGGUAGAUCAUUAUUCAAUGGUCAAAUAGAUAAUUCAAAAUUCACAAAUUACAAUUUAAAAUUAAAUAAUAUUAAUAUUAUCAAUAAUGAUAAUGAUAAUAAUAAUAAUAAUAAUAAUAAUAAUAAUAAUAAUAAUAAUAAUAAUAAUAAUAAUAAUAAUAAUAAUAAUAAUAAUAAUAAUUUUAAUAAUAAUUAUGAAUCUUCUUACUCAUCUACAAAAUUUCAAUCAAUUCCAUCAACAAGAUAUAUAAGAGGAAACAAUGAUGAUAAUAAUGACAUCAAUGAUAAUAACAAUUAUGAUAAUAAUGAAAACAAUAGUCCUUAUCCUGUUAGUUCAAUUAAUGUAUUGGGAGGUAGAUUAUUGGCAACAUUAAAUAUUUUUGGUAAACCAAUUAAAGGCUUAGUAGAUUCUGGUUCUUUGUUAUCAAUUUUAUGGUCAAGUGUUGCAAAGCAAUUAAGUUUACAAGUAAUUCCAAAGAGAGUAAAGUUUACAACAGCAUAUGGACAAGAAAUUUAUUCAACUGGAUCUGCAGAAGCAAUUGUUAGUUUGGGUACAGCAAUCAAUAAUUGUGAAUUUAUCAUAGUUCAAGAUAAAGUAUUAAAUGAUAGUUGUAUCUUUGGGUUGUCAGUAUUGAAGAAUGUAGGUAUCAAUAUAGGAAUCUGUGAGAAUAACAUUUACUGUCCUAAAACUGGUGGUAGUCAAGCAUUAGAAACCAAAUAUGGAGGCUUUGCACAAUCAAUAUGUAGUUUGAAGCAAUCUACAUCGGAAAAUAUCGAUGAUGGUGAAACUAGAUUAAAUCAUGUUGAUGCUCUUUCAAGAAAUCCAAUUAACGAUAUACAAGAUUUUAAAAUAAAAUAA